CGCUCUCCGCCGGCAAGGGCUAGAGGAGGGGGACGGACGGGCUGCUCUGGGAACUGGCUGCAGGCGCAGAGCGCAGCACCGCGGAGGGCCCCAUGGCCGCCUGCUAAUGGGGCAGCCGCGCUCGCCGGCAGGCGGACCACGACCACGACGAUGCUGCUGCCUGUGGAGGCCGAUCGGGUGCCGCUGAGCCGACGCAGGCCGGGCAUGGAGCCUUGGCAGCUGCUGUAGGAGCCGCCAGGAGGAGGCGGAGGAGGAGGAGGAGGAGGCGGCGGAGGAGCGGGCGAACAAGCGAGCGGAACAAUCCGAAGCCCCCCGGCUGGGGCGGAGGCGGAUCGCACAGCCCAGUCUGCUACCCAUCCAUUGAUAAGGAACAGAAUGGCUGCCAAGGAGAAGUUGGAAGCAAUGUUAAAUGUGGCCUUGCGGGUCCCAAGCAUCAUGCUUUUGGACGUCUUGUACAGAUGGGAUGUCAGUUCCUUCUUCCAGCAGAUCCAAAGAAGUAGCCUCAACAACAACCCCCUCUUCCAGUACAAGUACUUGGCUCUCAAUAUGCAUUAUGUGGGUUACAUCUUAAGUGUUGUGCUCCUAACCUUACCCAGACAACACCUGGUUCAACUCUACCUGUAUUUUCUAACUGCACUGUUGCUGUAUGCUGGUCAUCAGAUAUCCAGGGAUUAUGUGAGGAGUGAGCUGGAGUCUGGCUAUGAAGGGCCAAUGUACUUAGAACCUCUUUCCAUGAAUCGUUUUAUGACAGCCUUAAUAGGUCAGCUUGUGGUAUGCACCCUUUGCUCCUGUGUCAUGAAAACCAAACAAAUCUGGCUCUUCUCUGCUCACAUGCUCCCUCUGCUGGCACGGCUUUGCCUGGUCCCUCUGGAAACUAUUGUGAUCAUCAACAAAUUUGCCAUGAUUUUCACCGGCUUGGAAGUUCUCUAUUUUUUGGCAUCCAAUCUUCUGGUACCAUACAAUCUGGCCAAGUCUGCAUAUAGGGAACUUGUCCAGGUGGUUGAAGUGUAUGGCCUCCUGGCCCUGGGGAUGUCCCUGUGGAACCAGCUGGUGGUCCCUGUCCUCUUCAUGGUCUUCUGGCUGGUACUGUUUGCUCUUCAGAUUUACUCCUACUUCAGCACACGGGAUCAACCUGCCUCUAGGGAGAGGCUACUCUUUCUUUUUCUAACCAGUAUUGCAGAAUGCUGCAGCACUCCCUAUUCCCUCCUGGGUUUGGUGUUUACAGUCUCCUUCGUGGCACUUGGAGUCCUAACCCUCUGCAAGUUUUACCUGCAAGGCUACCGAGCAUUCAUGAACGACCCAGCUAUGAACAGAGGGAUGACGGAAGGAGUCACACUUUUGAUUCUGGCUGUGCAGACUGGCUUGAUUGAAUUGCAAGUUGUUCACCGGGCCUUCCUGCUCAGUAUUAUUCUGUUCAUUGUGGUUGCGUCCAUCCUGCAGUCCAUGCUUGAGAUAGCAGAUCCCAUUGUCUUAGCUCUGGGAGCUUCAAGAGACAAGAGCCUUUGGAAGCAUUUUCGCGCUGUGAGUCUGUGUUUGUUCUUGCUGGUCUUUCCAGCUUACAUGGCCUACAUGAUCUGUCAGUUUUUCCACAUGGACUUCUGGUUACUGAUAAUCAUUUCUAGCAGCAUUCUCACCUCCCUCCAGGUGCUUGGAACACUCUUCAUUUAUGUCUUGUUUAUGGUUGAGGAGUUCAGGAGAGAGCCAGUAGAAAACAUGGAUGAUGUCAUUUACUAUGUGAAUGGCACCUAUCGACUGCUGGAGUUCCUAGUGGCUCUCUGUGUCGUUGCCUAUGGUGUGUCGGAAACCAUCUUUGGAGAAUGGACUGUGAUGGGCUCAAUGAUCAUCUUCAUUCAUUCCUAUUACAAUGUGUGGCUUCGUGCUCAGUUGGGAUGGAAGAGUUUUCUUCUCCGCAGGGAUGCUGUGAAUAAGAUCAAAUCACUGCCCACUGCUACCAAAGACCAGUUGGAACAACACAAUGAUAUCUGUGCCAUCUGCUAUCAGGACAUGAAAUCUGCUAUCAUCACACCUUGCGGCCAUUUCUUUCAUGCGGGCUGCCUUAAGAAAUGGCUUUAUGUGCAAGAAACCUGCCCCCUGUGCCACUGCCAACUUAAAAACCCAACUCAGCCCCCAGGGCUAGGAUUGGAGCCCGUGCCACAACCAAAUCCCGGAGCAGAACAAAACACUGUUCAGCAACAAGCCACUGAGCCCGCUGGUGUAGAGCACCAGGAAAGGGCAGGAGGCAAACCUAGUGACAAUGGACAAGCUGCCAAAGGAUCAGGCUCCCUGCAGGACUCUGUCAAUGUGAAGGAUGACUCUGUCAGUCUGGACACUGCAUCUUCCAGUGAGUCUGGCCAGGGGGAAACUGCCGCCAAAAGGCCGGCUGAAGAACGGGAAGAAGUUGCAACGCGAGACCUAGGGAGCUGCAUCCAGAAUUGAACAGGCGGGCGCUGGUGGAAGAAUUAAGCACUCCAGGAGCUCCUGAUUUGGCAGACGGAAUCUUAAACCCUUCAUUUGUCUCGAACAAGUUUUAACUCUCAGAAUGCUGGCCAAAAUGUAUUUAUGAUAUCCUAUGCUGAUUUUCUGUGAGCUGCUUCGUUUACAGGGCUGCCAGUGGGUUCCACUGGAAACUACCUUAGAAGCUGCCACCAUGUUGCAAAAGGGCAGAAACUGGAAAUCAAAACUGAGUAUUGUUGGAAGGGAAAGUUGGGCGGCGGGAGGUGGGGAACAAAUGUGAGGAUGUUGGGGUGUGAGCGAAGAGAGAGGAAGAGGGAGAGAUUAAAAUAAAAGACAGUGUUGUUUAAAUGGAAAAGGGAGAAUCAAAUUCAAGGGCAAUAGAGGUUUGAGUCCAUAUCCUUGGCCUUGUCUUUCUACAGUGAGCGGAGCUCAGUCGAGAACAGUGACACAACUCCUGUAGAUCUCAGAAGUAACAAUAAACAAAUCAAGGAUUGUGUUGGGACAGGGCAGCACUCAAGUAAGUCGAGUGUGGUGCUUUGGGCAUGUUGGGGUAGGGCAUUUGCAUUCAUGUAAUCUAUAGCAACUCUUGAAUUUUUAUGAUGGAGUCUUAAACACUUCAAUGUUUUAGAAAACAUUUUUUGUUCAUGAACUUUCUGGACAGCAUGGGCUGUGUGAAGUCAUUAAAGCUCCGGUGAACUUUCUGUCUGGCCUCCACCAGUGAGUGCAAGAGAGAAAUGGGAGGAGUUUUAUGGUGCUGAUUGAAGCCUCUCAGUGCUGUUGAGUUCUGUGUAGUGUAUAAUUUCUUGCAGAUGAAUUGAAGCAGUAUUAAUCUCCUGGCAAUAUUUGCACCUUUGGGAAUGAGUACAUCAAUUGUAUGAUCAAACGCCGCAAAUGCCACUCCUAAAGCUGUUAAUAGGAUUUGCACCUUUUUCUUCCCUUUCCCCCUUCUUUGACAAAAAUGUGUGUGUAUUUAAAUUUUUACAUUCAUCAUGGCUUUCAGGUAGAACUAGGGAUGUGGGAGGGAUGGGAGCUGGCAAUUUUUUAUGUGAAUUUUGAUAUGAAAAGGAACUAGUCACUUAUUUAUACACUAGGCUUGGCUCAAUUUUUUGUUUUUCUCGAGAGUUGUUGUACCUAAUGUGAAAUGUGACAUUACUUUAUUUUUUAGUAGUGAAUUUGGAUGUAGACUGACAGACGUAGCUGAAUGUCUCAAUAAAGUACUUUUGAAGAUUUUUA